CUUCGCUUCCGUCAACUUUUUUUUUUCUCCCGCAGCUGAUCCCAAACAUGGCGGACGGCGAGGAGGACCGCAGCCUGUUGGAAGCGGAGGAGGAGGAUGAAGACUCCCGGCCCGAAGCACCGGCGAGCGGCGGGGCCAGUAGCCCGCUCCCCGCCAUCUGCGACCCGGCGCACUUUUUACACAGGAUCGUUGUCCUCUUUUUCAUGUGUUUCUUGGGAUUCGGAAGCUACUUCUGUUAUGACAACCCUGCUGCUCUUCAGACUCAAGUCCUCCAGGAUUUGAGCCUGAACACAGCUACGUUCAUGCAGCUGUAUGCCUGGUACUCGUGGCCCAAUGUCGUUCUCUGUUUCUUCGGGGGCUUCUUGAUUGACAGAGUCUUUGGCAUCAGGCUCGGGACCAUCAUCUUUUCUCUUUUUGUUUGUGUUGGACAGAUCAUCUUUGCUACUGGAGCGUUGUUGAACCUCUUUUGGUUGAUGGAAAUUGGACGUUUUAUAUUUGGAAUUGGAGGCGAGUCCCUGGCCGUGGCCCAGAACACGUAUGCAGUCAACUGGUUUAAAGGAAAGGAGCUCAAUCUCGUGUUUGGUCUUCAGCUGAGCAUGGCUCGUUUGGGCAGCACAGUCAAUAUGAACAUCAUGGGCUGGGUGUACAGCAGAGUGGCUCUCCUUGUCGGCUCUCCGGGUUACACCACGCUCGGAGCCUCGCUCAUGAUAGCUGCUGUAACCUGCAUUUUCUCACUAAUCUGUGCUCUGGUGUUGGCAUUCCUCGACAGAAGAGCAGAAAAAAUCCUCCAAAAGGAGCAGGGCAAAACAGGUGAGGUAAUUAAACUGACCGAUGUGAAAGACUUCCCCUUACCCCUGUGGAUCAUCUUCAUCAUUUGUGUCUGCUACUACGUGGCUAUCUUCCCCUUUAUUGGACUGGGACAGGUCUUUUUCAUCCAGAAGUUCAACUUUUCCCCUGCUGAAGCCAGAGCUGUCAAUAGCAUUGUUUACAUCAUCUCAGCGCCUGCAUCUCCUGUUUUGGGCUUCAUGGUGGACAAGACGGGGAAAAACGUGAUUUGGGUGACGUGUGCUGUGUGCACCACGCUCGCCUCUCACAUGAUGCUGGCCUUCACCUUCUGGAACCCGUGGAUCGCCAUGUCAUUGCUGGGCGUGUCAUACUCCCUCCUGGCAUGUGCCCUAUGGCCCAUGGUCGCCUUCGUAGUCCCUGAGCAUCAACUGGGGACGGCCUAUGGCUUCAUGCAGUCCAUUCAAAACCUGGGCCUUGCCAUCAUCGCCAUGGCAGCAGGAGCCAUCCUAGACAAACAGGGAUACCUGGUUCUCCAAGUCUUUUUCUGUAUCUGCAUAUGUAUUGCUUUGGUGGCGGUGGUGACACUUUACUUUGUCGAUUACCUAAGAGGAGGAGAUUUGAACCGGUCAGCAAGUGCCAGAGCCAAACUCCAGAAAGAAGCCACUUCAGAUGCAGAGAACAGACGGAGGCCCAGUCAGCUGACGGACGGCGAUUUGGCGAGAUUGACACCGAUGUCUGCUUUUGGCUUACGCAACCGCUAUCUCUCAAGGCUGGGAACACAGCUGCCAGGCCACUGCUCGACCCAUCUGUCAUCGCUGGCCCACAGGAGCGUUCUGAAGUGAUGCCCUUCAUCUGGCCGUCUGCACACCUCCGGCACUUUGGUGAUGUGACUUCGGACAAGUAUGCACUGACAACAACAGUAGACCAGACUGUUUACCGUACAAAGUCCCCUAUUGAACUUAAGGAAGACAUCACGUUUCCCCUUUAAACCACUUUUAGUCACAUGGGUGAUUGUUAUUCUGCGUGGACAGGUAUCUAGUUUCCCUUUGUUCAGUGUCUUUGGGACACAGAGCACUUAUGUUGCACUUUAUGCUAUUUUAUUUUAUUGCAGCACAACUUCACAAAGAUGAAAAUGAUUUUGACGGUAUUAACUCCUACCUUUUUUUUUUUUUUUUUAUUCACAACCUUUUGUGGUGUGUGCCGAGUCAGCACAUUUGCCACGUUUACAGUCCCUCCAGGUUGCAUCGUGCCAAAUAAAUCAGAGCAGUUGAGCGUUAACUAACACGCAUAAACUGAUAAGAGUUAGUCAUUUAUAUUUCUUCACCCAAUCUGAAAUAAAAGAGCAGAAUAAAAAAAAAAAAUCUAUUUCCCUCCUUCAAGGCACAGUAUAA